AUGGCCUACACGAUGACGUCAUUCACCGAUCUCCUCGAAGCCAGCCAUGAUCAAGAAUCAGAAAAACAAGAGAAAACCUCGUUUAAUUGGGACAAAAACAUUGAGAUUCCCAAAUACAAAUCAUUUUCACCUUCUUUUCUGCCUUUGUCCCCUCCACCAAUCUCUCCUUCUUCUUACCUCUCAUUUCCACCUGGCUUGAGCCCCUCUCUUCUUCUUGAUUCCCCUGUUCUUUUUUCAUCAUCCAAUGUACUUCCAUCUCCGACCACCGGAGCUUUUGCCGGGCUAUCGUCCAACGUGACCACCGACGUUAAAUAUUCCGACUUUUCUUUCCAGUCCCAAACACGGCCUUCGGAUUCUUGCUUUUCGUCUUCUGCAGGAAUGAACUCAUCAAUGGACUCAUAUUUCAGAAGCCAACAAGAAAACGAGCAAUCUAAUCCCCCGAACAAGCCGAAAACCGAGCAGCGGCUCGUAGUCCACGGCUCCCAGCCGCCGGCAUAUGCUCGGGAGCAGAAAAAAUCGGAUGACGGCUACAACUGGCGGAAGUACGGUCAGAAACAGGUCAAAGGUAGCGAAAACCCUCGAAGCUACUACAAAUGUACCUAUCCGAACUGCCCGACCAAGAAAAAAGUCGAACGUGACUUAGAUGGGCACGUGACCGAGAUUGUGUACAAGGGGAGCCACAAUCACCCAAAGCCCCAACCGGGCAGGAAACAAUCAUCAUCCUCCGGGUCGUUCGAUAAUGCCCACGUGGCAGCCACGACUGAAUGCUCGUCGGCCUCGUUCGGAGGAGAAGAUGAUUUCGAGCAAGGCUCGUCUAUAAGCAACUCGAGAGGCGAAGAUGAAACCGAGCAUAUAGCUAAGAGAUGGAAGGGAGAUGACGAGAAUGAGGGCGUGUCGGCUUACGGGAGUCGAGCGGUUAGGGAGCCGAGAAUCGUGGUUCAGACAAUGAGCGAAAUCGACAUUCUUGAUGACGGUUACCGUUGGAGGAAAUACGGUCAGAAGGUCGUUAAGGGCAACCCGAAUCCUAGGAGCUACUACAAGUGCACAUUCCCCAACUGCCCGGUUAGGAAGCACGUGGAACGAGCGUGCCACGACUUAAGGGCCGUCAUCACAACUUACGAAGGCAAACACAAUCAUGAUGUCCCUGCCGCUAGAGGUAGCGGCGGCUAUGGAAUGGGCCGGGCCCUGCCGGUGACAAACACAGCGGUAAGGCCCACAGUCGUUAACGGGUCGGAUUUUCCGAGGCUGCAGAUGUUAAGGGACCAGAGGCCUUGCACUCUUGAGAUGCUCCCGGGCUUUGGAAACCCGGCCAAGCAAGAGCCGAAGGAUGAACUGUUUUUCGAGUCCUUUUUGAACUGCUGA